AUGGCAGGGCUUACUAAAUCAGAUGCUGUCGGUAGUCUAGUUCGUCAUACAACUGGAGUGGCUGACUUUGCCAUUCAUGUUGGCCAUCAAAAUCGAACAUAUAUGGAAUAUUUACCAUAUCCUGAUGAUAAUUUUCAUGAAAUUGUUGAUGAAUGCAUUCAAAGAGCUCAAACAUUUACUAUUGAACAUAUACAUCGUCGUAGUGGACAAGCAUUCGUUCCUAAUGUUCGAGUUCACAUUAGAUCCAUUACGGCUGAACGUACUCAUGCAGGUUUUACAGAAUCUCUUAAUCCAUAUUUAUAUUGUAUAAAGAUUGAACAUGGCGCUUUUCAAUGGUCUAUUUAUAAACGUUAUCGAGAUUUUCAUGAUUUACAUAAAGCGUUGAUGCAUUUCUCUAUUGUACAAAGAAGAAGAUCAACAAGUGAUUUAGAACCGUACCUCAUUCUUGCCGAUUAUCUCAAUAAAGUUCUUAGACAUCCUAAAUUUCGUGCACAUCAAGCAACGCGAAAAUUUUUCGAUGUAAGUUGUUUAUCAUUCAUCAACGGCUUAUCAUUUAGUCGAAAAGAGGGCUAUCUAUUAAAUCGAUCUAAAGAUGAUUAUCAUGGUAGACAAUGGUUUAUUAUUAAAGAUAGUUAUGUAGUAUAUAUGCAACCUGAUACACAUGAAAUACGAUUUCCAAUGUUAGUUGAUCGUAACUUUCAAAUUUUAAGCGGUCUUCGUAAUGCUGGAGCUCAUCAUGGUAUCAAAAUAAUAAAUUUACAACGUACAUUAGUUGUAAAAUGUGAAACAGCACGCGAUUGUGAGGAAUGGUUGCAACAUUUAAAAAAUUUAACUGAACAAGCAAAUGGUUUUUUCGGUUCAAAAGUAAAUCAAUUUAAUUCAUAUGCACCUAUUCGAGAAAACCAAUUAGCUCAUUGGUUUAUUAAUGGUAAAUCAUAUAUGGAGGCCGUUGCUAAAGCACUUUUAACAGCUAAAGAUGAAGUUUUUAUUACUGAUUGGUGGCUUUCACCGGAAAUCAUGAUGAUAAGACCAAUGGAUGAUGAAACAUAUCGACUUGAUAAUAUAUUAGGAAGAAUAGCUGUAAAAUGUUGA